AUGCUUGUGGUGGUUUUUGAUGGUUUUUGUUGUGGCGGUAGUCCUGGCCAUGACACACCCUGUGCCGUGAACAUCACAUCCUUGGUGACUGCACGUGUCCGCCAAGGCAACAUUCGAUUACCUGGUCUACUGAUCCCAAGGGACGUCGCUGGUGGACAGGGCUUGCAAAACUGUGCCGAGACAGAAGUUCAACUUACUGAGUGGUACACUCUUAACCCACACUUUGCAGCACCUCGAGGCUUUGGUGUCACAGACUUCUUCCUCCCCAACACCUCUAUCAAGGGCCUGCUCUUGCGUCGUUGUGGGGAGCCGGUGUUCACACAAGGACUGGCACGACCAGUGGAAAUUGUGCUAGACAUUGACCAGCCACAGGGCGUGCAGCCUGGUUACCUUGUCGACCACAUGUGUGCAGUUUUCGACGACGGCCUGUUUGGGCGCAUGGCUGGCUGCUCAGAUUUGACGCACGAGAUUUGUCAAUCCAGUCGCAGCUACGGCUACUUUGCUGCCUUGUACAGAGUUGUGAGGGAGGUGCCUCCGAAUACAACUAGCCCUCCUCCGCCAGAGAUCGAGGAGGACACAGGUCUUGGUUUGCCUGCAAUUAUUGCACUUGUGGCUGGUGGCGCAAUUUUCUUGGGUGGUGCCAUUGGCGGAAUCUACGCGUGGCACCUCGCAAGGUCCAAGAAGCCUGUUGAGCCUGAAGAGGAGGAAGAAGAAGAGGUAGUCGAAGAAUCAGAGUCCGAGUCAGAGGUGAAGGAACUACCAGAUCCGGAUCCUGCACUCACUAAGCUCCGACAAGCUGCCGAAGCUGGAACACUGACUGCCAGAGAAAUCCUAGCGAGGCAUUCAGGUCCUACUGGAAUUCGUCAGGAGCUAGUGUGGGCACUAGACAAAGGCUACGAGAACAAGCGGCGCGAAGCUGCAAGGAUGAAGGCCAUGGCCAACGAAGCUGAAUGGAAGGAGUGCUUCGAUCUAUUUGACAAGGCUGCUGAGCUGGGGGAAGCAUUGAGAUCCUUGGGCCUUGUCCUCACACAGAAGGAGCUAUCGGACAUGAAGGCAGAGGUUGGUGGUGACCUGAUCUCCUGGGAGAAGUUCAAGGGUUUGGUCGCAAAGAAGCCCAAAGCACCAGAGAAGCAGGCCCAAGCAUUGAUGCAGGCGUUCCAAGUCUUUGAUCCAAGCGGUUCCGGGCAUGUGGACAUGAAAGAACUGAGACACAUUGUCACAAGUCUCGGCGAGAAGCUAACGCCACAAGAAUUCGAGGACAUUUGCAAAGCUGCUGGCUUGCCAACAUCUGGCAGCCUGGCAUACAAGCAGGUCGUGGACAAGGUCACCAAGACCUGA